AACUUUGAUUCGUUUAAAGCGUCACGGUAAUAUAACAUUUAUUUAUAGCAUUUUCGUACACUUUACAAUCACUCUGAGAUUUAAUGAUUAAGUUACAUUUUAGUAUGAAUAUGUGUUUGCAUGACUACCAGAGGAACUUAUAUUGUGGUUUUGUAACCUAAAAUAGUUUGUUUUCUCUUUUGUUGUGUAUGCGUGUUUUGUGAUGAAUCAAUAAUUGACAUACUUUGAGUUUUGUGUUCUGAAGACAUGUUAUUGGAAUCACAGGGUUAAAUUCUAGGACGACGAAAAUGUGAACGAAGAGGCGAAUGCAAAAAUUAUACAAAAUUUUAAGUUUAUCAAGAAUAUCAACAACCACUUGCUAACUGACUACAGAUAAUGGCAGUACAAGAUACAGACAAGGGCUUUUCAUGGAUUAUAUUAUGUGCUUCAUUUCUAAACUAUACGCUGGUUUCUGGAACUAUACGAACCUUCGGGAUAUUAUAUUCGGAACUUCUCCAAACCUACGACAAAGGAGCGGGUAAUACUGCAUUCCUAGGCAGUAUAAUGUUUUUUGUAAUGGCCAUAACCGGGCCAGUAUCUGGAUUAUUGAGUGUUCACUUUUCAUUUAAAUGGUGUACUAUGAUUGGUGGAUUGAUUGCAUCUAUUGGUAUGGUAACCAGCUCUUUCACUAAAGAUAUAGAAAUGUUGUUUCUCACGUACAGCUGUUUACUAGGUAUAGGAAUUGGAUUGUCUGCACCACCUACCGUUACGAUUAUAAACUUUUAUUUCGAAAAGAAAAGAGCAUUUGCUAAUGGAUUCCUGACAGCUUCAAUGGGAUUGUCAAGUUUAACAUAUCCUUUUCUGUACCGGAAGUUGAUAGACAAUUACGGCAUACAUGGCGCUAUGUUAAUUCUUGGUGGUUUGUUACUCAACAUUUGUGUAGGUGGAAGUUUCUUCAGGCAACCUAGUUGCUUUAUACGCACAGCAACUAAAACUAACAGUCCUGAUAGUACGAAACUGUUAGCUGAUGCAAAUUAUAAGAGUAAAAAGAGCAACCUGACUUUUGUGAAAAACAAAAUCAUUGAUAUGUUUAAGUCAUAUUCUGUUGCUUUACGAAAUAAAUCGUUUGUAUUGUAUAUUUUCGCCAUGUCGUUUGCAUUAGUUGGAUAUUCAUCAAAUUUUCUCAUUCUGCCGCCACACAUUCAAAGUCAGCAGUUUUCUAAAGAUGACGUUGUUAUUGUUUUAACAGUAAUUGGUGCUACAGAAUUUGUUGUUAGACUUUUUUCCGGAACUUUUAUUGAUUUACAAUGGUUCAGUGUUCAAACAAUGUUCAUCGUGACAAUGUUUAUGGGCGGAAUUUGUGCUAUCGUGUUGACAUUUUUUAAAAGCAUGACGAUAAACAUUACCUAUGCAGUGACUGUUGGAAUAUUUCCCGGAAUUUUACAUUCAUUACAGCCGUUACUUAUUGUGACAUCAUUGGGAUUGAAAAUGUUGCCGACAGCAUUCCCAUUAUCUAGUUUCUUUACCAAUACAGCGUGCCUGAUAGGACAUCCGUCUUUAGGGUGGUUAGAAGAUUAUACCGGUAACUGGAAAGCUUCAUUUUAUAUGGUUGGUGGACUUUUUAUAGCGUCAUCGCUUUGUGUGUUACUUGAACGGAAGUUAGUGAAGUCAACAGAAAGCGAAGAAAUUACAGUCAGCACAGACAAUAUUGACAAUAUUACUGAAGUCACAACAAAUAAUCAGAAUAACACUAUAAACAUACACAGCGAUGAUGUAGAAACAAGUCUCAUGGGGGAUGAGACCUCCUAGAUAUUAAAUCUUGUUAUACACUUA